CGUCGUUCGUGGCCAUGCCAGCCAGGCAGGCCAGCACCAACUCGAGGCGUCAGAGGAGCAGAUGGUCAAUCGCCGUGAGGUGCUGGCAUCAAAGUUGCUCUUGGUCGCGGGUGCGCUGAUGCCUGCUCCGGCGAUGGCCGACGUGGAGGCAGCAACCGUGUCCGCUGGCAAGAUGAAGGAGCUGUCUGAUAACAUCCUGGCGUACAAGUUCGAGUACCCGGUCGCCACCGUGUCGGGCAAGCCCCUGUCCAUGCUGCUGUCCCGGACCCCCGAGAAGUACAGCAGUGCGGCCCCGCUGACCGCGGAUGCCCGUCAGAGGAUUGUCAGUGAGGUGUUUGAUUUCCGUACUUUCGUGACCGCCUCUAUGAACGUGGGGCCAGCGUCGGGUGUGCUCAAGGGUCGUAACCCGGCGGAGUGGAAGCCCCGGGAGGUGGCGCUGACGGUGCUGGUAGACCGCUCCACUGCCCGCACGACGGCGGGUCAGAGAGUGGCGCUUAACGAUGUGCAGGAGGCCCACUUGGAAACCCGGGAUGGACUGCAGUACUGGGUGUACGAACAUAUCAGCCAGGGCUCCCCCACCAUCACCACCCGCACCCGGGAGUCCUACCGGCACUCCCUGGCGGUCACCUCGUGGCGGCCAGCUAUGGACGGAACCCCCUACCUGUACACACUCAACCUCAGCUGCCCGGAGGACCUGUGGCCGGAUCUGGAGCCGCUGUUCCGCCGCUCCGCGGAGAGCUUCACCCUUCUGCCCACAACCCGGGACUACAUCCCCCCGGAUAAGGACCCCUGGCUGUUCUUCUAAACGGUGCAGCGGCGGAAUGGGGGGGGGGGUAGAGCGCUAGCGCUCUCUGCCCUGUAAGCCCUGAGUCCUCAGGAAGAUCGGAAAGGGGGAGGAAAUAUAUCGGACGCGUGGGUCGGACCCGUGGGUAUGGGGUGCGGCCUUCGGGGUUAUGUGUGUUGUGGGGAUGGCUUCAUGGAAGGAUGCGGAGGUGACGUGUGUUGAGGCGCGGAGGUGGGGCCCGCCUCGUGGAUGAAGGUGUGGGUGGGUUGGUGAUCUCCAGGAUAUGAUGCGUCAGACAGUCGAAGCAAGGGGCAGCGGUGACAGAUGGGGAGGGCCGCGGGAGGAAGAGGCGGAGAACGACCGGAGGUGACGCGCGUGUGUUUGUGUAUGUAUCUGUGUGUAUGUAUCUGUGUUUUCUGGUGGGGGAGCCCCUUGAUCUGCCCUUUGCGACGAGGGCUCCUUCAGAGCGACCUCUGGGUGGCAUGGCGGGUGUGGGCUGGGGUAGAGGGCGGAAGGAAAGGAGCGCGCGCGCGUGUAUUCGGGAAUUUGUUGUAAAGAGGUUGAAUU